AUGGUGUCCAGUUUGAGUGGUGGUUUGGCGUUAUUGUGGAGGACGAAUGGUACGGCAAGUUUGUUGAGCUACUCAAAAAAUUAUGUGGAUGUGGAGGUGAGCAUGCCAGGUUUUGAUAAAUGGAGAAUGACAGGUUAUUAUGGAUUCGCUCAGAGGGGAAGACAAAACGACUCUUGGGGACUCAUCAGAUCAUUAUCUCACCGCUCUGAGUUACCAUGGGUUGUUAUAGGGGAUUUUAAUGAUCUCUUAUAUCAGUAUGAGAAGCGAGGGGGGAAUCCCCAUCCAGAGGCACUAUUACGUGGCUUUGGAGACACUAUUGACGAAUGUGGUUUGGCUCAAUUGCCUAUGCAGGGGUAUCCAUUUACAUGGGAAAGGGGGGAAGGGACUGUGGACUGGAUUGAGGAGAGGUUGGAUAAGGUAUUAGUUACCCAGGAAUGGCGUGAAGUGGUAAGAGAUGCCAGUGUCUUGAAUAUUCUAACCCGACGCUCGGAUCAUUCUGCUCUUUUCCUUGGGAUUCUGAAUCUUCGGGAAAGGGCGGGUGGUGGGAGGAGAGGGUUCCGUUUUGAGAUGGCUUGGCUUCAUGAUGAGGGUUGUAGGGGUGUAGUUGAGAGGACAUGGACUGAGGGGAGGGAUAGAGGAUUACAGGCCUGUACCGAGCUCUGUGGCAACAGGUUAUCACGAUGGGGAGGUGAUUGGUUCCAUAAAUUUGGUGAGCAAGCUAUGUGUCUCCGUAAGGAGCAAUUGCGAUUACGUGGAUGUAUGGACCAUGCAUCAUUAACUGAAUAUCAGCGCCUAGAGGAGCGCCUUGCUCGAAUAGAAAUACAUGAGGAUGCGUAUUGGAAACAAAGGGCAAAACAGCACUGGCUCAAGGGGGCAGAUGCGAACACGAAACUCUAUCACAUGUAUGCCUCUCACCGUAAAAAGAAGAAUACAAUUUCUAAAAUUAUGAAUGAUAAUGGGGAUUGGGUGGAAGGGGGGGCCAUGAGGGAUGUUAUUUUUUAUUAUUACCGGGAUAUUUUCUCAUCAAGUCAAGCCAAAAGAGAUGAAAAUUUUUAUGCCAAUAUCUUGCCCCGGGUAUCACAAACACAGAAUGAUGCCCUAUUGCGCCCUUUUGAGAGUACUGAGGUAAAAACAGCGCUGUUUGCCAUGUUUCCGGACAAGGCACCUGCCCCGGAUGGAAUGAAUCCGGUUUUAAUACCAAAGAAGAAAAACCCAGAGUUGGUCUCAGAUCUUAGGCCCAUAGCAUUGAGUAAUGUGGUAUACAGGGUCAUGGCUAAGAUGAUUACGGCUAGGAUGAAGCUGUUAAUGGAUGAAAUUAUUUCUGAUACACAGAGUGCAUUUAUACCUGACAGAUUGAUUACGAAUAAUAUUCUAAUUGCUGCAGAGGUUGAUCACUAUUUGAACAGGAAACAGUAUGGUAUGGUGGGGUGGGGUGCUUUAAAGCUGGAUAUGGCGAAAACAUAUGACUGUAUGGAGUGGCCCUUCUUGCGUAAUAUGUUAAUAGCAUAG